CAUCAUCCGCAGAAGGAAGGAGAAAGAGAGGGAGAGAGAGUGGGCGAGCGAGCGUACGGUGCAAUCCAAGUGGCCCAAGGCGGCGAGAGGAAGGAGGGCUUCUUCUCAUACUCACACGGGAGGCAGGAGCAGCAUCACAACGGCCCGGCGUGCGUGCGGAACGGGAGCACUCCCGCCGACUUGCAUAGACGACUCCGCCUGGAACGUUCUCUUGUCUCCCCCACCCCAAUACCCAACCCCUCCCCUCCCCCUUCCCCCUCCCUCCCCAUCCCCAACACUGAGCGUCUUCAGGUGGAUCAUCCGGGCAUGCUCCUUAAGCCAAAGUAUGACCGCUUUCGCAACGAGUCUGUGACUUCCUCCUCCGAUGACCUGAUGCAGAGCUUCGCCAUGAGUGGCAAAGUCGUAGCCACGCCGGCGGUCCCCUCCUCGGCCCCCGGCCUCCCCGUGCCUCCCCUGGACUCCGGCGCCAGGUCCUCCGGGGCCGCGGCUCUGGCCGACUCGCCGUGCCUGGACGGAGAGCAGGACGGUGCCACCACCUUCUGCAUGCUCAUCCCCAAGAUGCCGCAGUGGAAGUUCUCCAACUCCUUGCUGAGCCGGAGCCCGUCCAACUCCAGCUCUAGCUCCAGUUCCAGCAAGGACUCGAGCAAAGCCGCCCACCAAGCGUCCCCUUCCUCUUGCUCCGCUUCGUCGUCGUCGCCACACAGGCCCAGCGGGGCGCCCUCGGCCAGCGGCCCCGUGGCCAGUCUGGCCGCCGUACUCAACUCUUGUGACCCGGUGUGCAUCACCCCGUGUUCUCUGCAGGCCAUCCGCGGGCAGAGAGUGCCGCCGCAGUCCGGCCACGGAUUCGAGGAGGUCACAGCCGCCCCCGGUGGCUCCGGCGGCGGAGGCUGCAGAUCGGGAAUGAGUCGCAGGACGAGGGUGGAGGGCAUGUGGCCCGGCGGGGAUGACCCCGGCCAGAAGGGCAGCUUCAUACACAAACCUUCCCAAGGGUGGCUGCAUCCGGACAAGAAGAUCGCGGGACCGGGGGCCUCUUACAUCGUCAGGUACAUGGGCUGCAUUGAAGUGCUGAAGUCGAUGCGCUCCCUGGACUUCAACACGCGCACUCAGGUGACAAGGGAGGCCAUCAACAGGCUCUGUGACGCUGUGCCAGGUGGAAAAGGGGCAUGGAAAAAGAAGGCUGUGAGCAAAGCUCUUCAUUCCAUCAUGGGAAAGAGCAACCUGCGCUUUGCCAGCAUGAGCAUCGCCGUCAAUAUUUCCAUCGACGGGCUGGGUCUGCUCAUUCCUACCACAAGACAAAUGUUAGCACAUCACCCCAUGCAGUCUAUCUCUUUCGCCUCUGGUGGAGACGCAGACACACCCGAUUAUGUCGCAUACGUGGCCAAAGACCCAGUCAAUCAGAGAGCGUGUCAUAUUCUGGAGUGCUCGGACGGUUUGGCCGAGAACGUCAUCAGUACUAUCGGCCAAGCCUUCGAGUUGCAGUUCAAACAGUAUCUGCAUAGUCCACCCAAGACUCUGGCGUCUUUAGACAGGUCCUUCAGGACAGAAGAGCCGGCGUGGGGGGAGGAAGACGACUUUUCCGAGCACAACUACUACAACAGCAUCCCGGGAAAGGAGCCUCCCGUCGGCGGUGUGGUGGACUCCAGGCUGCGUCCCAGUAAAUCCCAGCUAGCUCACAUCCACACGCAACCGCAAAGCAGGGCAGCACAACAGACUGCGUCACCAGCGAAAAGGGAGCAAGCGCCUCACCAUGCAAGUCAGCUGUGCUACGAACUUCAUUGGGAAACCGAUGCCACCGGCGGCUCAGAUGGUUACUUGUGCGCUGAUAGCCAACCACCUGGCAGCAAAGACUACGAGGAGCAUCAGUAUGUGAACACACAGAGUUUGGAAAACUUGGAUUCUUUGGCUCAGGGCCCCGAUGGACAGAGGGGGGCCAGGGGCCCUGACAGUCCCAAGAAGGACCUCUUUGACAUGAGACCCUUUGAGGACGCGCUGAAACUGCACGAGGCAGGCGGUGCUGCGGCGGCGGAAGGCGGAAGCGUUCAGCUACUGGAGGACCAGUGGCCGAGCCCACCGCGUCGCCGGGCCCCCGUGGCGCCGAACGAGGAGCAGCUCCGGCGGGAGGCCUGGUACCACAGCCGCAUGAGCCGGCGGGAUGCCGAGAAACUACUGGUCCGAGACGGAGACUUCCUCGUGCGGGAGAGCACCACCAACCAGGGCCAGUACGUGCUGACAGGCAUGCACUGCGGCCUGCCAAAACAUCUGCUACUGGUGGACCCUGAGGGAGUGGUCCGGACCAAAGACAUGCUAUUCGAGAGCAUCAGCCACCUUAUCGCGUACCACCUGAGGAACGAGUUGCCUAUCGUGGCCGCCGAGAGCGAGCUGCACCUCAAGCAGGUGGUCAGGAGGAAGCAAUGAGCCGUCUGCCCCCCUCUGCGCAAUGGGAUGUGGAAACCAAAAGGAGAUUUUUUUUUUUUUAAAUCUCAAGUGGACACACACGUGUGACAAAUGACAGCGUCGAAGGGGAGUGAGACGUCGUCGCCUUUUUGGAUAUUCAUAUCACGAAACUGUCCCUGGUCUUGUCCCCCCCAGCAUGCAGCUAUUAAGCUAAACGAAGGACCUAAACGACUUCCAUGUCUAUUGUCUAGUCUCUGCUUCUGCUCUGCAAUGACUUACCUCAUCAGUAAGUUGCACAAAUGGGACGCAAUCCUAUAUCACAUGAGAUUCUGUCGCCGUGGUUACACGGUACAAAGGAGGGAAGAAAAAAAAAAAGACUUGAGUACACGGUUUGUAUGUCUCCCCCGCUAAUCAAAAGCACCAAACCUGCAAAGAUGGACACUGAUAAUGUAUAGUAGGGCUCACUGAGUCAUUCUUUGUGUGUAUUUUGUCAAAUAUGGUGUAUACUCACUGGCCACUUUAUUAAGUCUAGUCAGUCGAAGAAAUUGAGCUCCAAUGUACAAUAUCAGUAGUCAAUAUUUACCAAAGUCAUAAUGCUGAAUUUAAUUCAAUGUCUGUAUUAAUGUGGUUGUGGUGGUGUAGAACUACACAUUGGAAAUAUUCUUCUGGUAAAAUCAGGUACCUAAACUAUUAUAUUUAUUAUUAUAUUAUUAUAUAUAAUAUUUAUUAGAUGCUUGCACAGGUUUUCUCUGGGCACUCCGGUUUCCUCCCACAUCCCAAAAACAUGCAACAUUAAUUGGACACUAAAUUGCCCCUAGGUGUGAUUGUGAGUGCGGCAGUUUGUCUCUACGUGCCCUGCGAUUGGUUGGCAACGAGUUCAGGGUGUAGCCCACCUCCUGCUCAAUGACAGCUGGGAUAGGCUCCAGCACUCCCCGUGACACUUGUGAGAAUAAGCGGCUAAGAAAAUGGAUGGAUGGAUGGAUAUUUUAUAUAUUUAUCAGAUGUGAUAAAUAGUAAUAAAAGAUAUACAUCACAAAAAAGAAAAUCAAUCGUAGCAAUGUCUUUACUGGAUUUGAUUCCGAUAUUCUAAUAUCUAAUGAGUUCUUGUUAAAUAAUGGUGCAAAAAUAUAGUAAAAUUGUGAAAGAUUUAUGAAUAAUGCUAUAGAUAAUAAUUAGAAAACAUAUAUAAUAAAUACUAGCAAUAAUAACCACAUAACUUAAUGACAAAUGAAUAGUUUUGUGUUCAAGCGCCAGCUAUUUCAACACAAAUGCAGACAGAUAAUACAACAAUAUUCAUAGACAUAAAUGAAUAGUGACUAAUGAUACUGCAGCUUACUAAAUAGUGACCGUUCCAGGUGUACCCGUAUGUCUGUAAUACAGUAGACUGGCAUAAGGUGGCCAUCAGUAACCACAGCAGAAGGAGCAGAACAAUGACUAUCGAAUUGAAACAGAAAAAAUGUGACUAAAAAAAUACAUCUUUGAAUUCUAUUUAAUCAUGCCAUGACUGUAUGUUUUUAUAAAGUGCAAUAUUAUAAACUGCCAAUUUCACAAAUUAAAAUACACAUUACGAUGAUUUGCGGGGGUCAGGAACAGAUGAAUGCAAUUUCCAUUCAUUUUAAUGAGUCCAAAUGAUUUGAGAUACUCGUGUGUUGAGUUACAAGCUUGGUUGCAGAAGGAAAACCCACAUCGAAAGGUGUUUAGGAAUAAAAACCCAUUUCUUAAGUACAAUUAAUAUAAAUGCUGUAAAGUAAGAAUUAGGCAAUGUAUAAAUAGCAUUACGGAUUAAGACAAAAAUGACGGUGGAAUUCUUUUUAUUUUUAAACGGAUUAGAAAAUGGGCCAAUAUUUUAUGUUACGGAAACUAAAAUAUGAAAAAGAGCUCUCAGUUUGAUGCAUUACAUCAUCAUCAUGGAAUUUGUGUGCAGGAUCUCGUGAAGUUGUGUCUGUGUACCUAAUCAAGUGACCAGUGAGUGCUUUAAGACCCCCCCCCCAACGUGUGUGCCCCCCCCCCCCACACACACACACACACACAGCCUGUCCAACUUCAGUGCCUUAAUAACCAGACAGGGACUCGCAUUUUGUGUACAGAAUGUGCAUCGUCGUGCCUGUUGCAAACAGACUGUUUUUUUUUUUGUUGUUGUUUUUUCUGGAAUGCCAAUGAAUGACUGUCCGAACAACAGGAUGAUUCUGAUCUUGGACUUGUAAACAGGAAUGUAAGCUGCUCAUUUUAGGGUCAAUGCAGAAUAAUAAUGUUCGUUUGUCCGCCUAGUUGCUAAAUCCCUGAAGGUCAAGUCAUACAAAUAUGGAUUGCAACCUGACCUGAUGUUCUCUUUGUCCCAGGCUCAGGCAAACAUAUUUUUACUUUCUACCUUUAAAUGGCUAUUUUCUGUUUCCACUCUAGACUUGAGCUAUUGCGAUAUGAGUAUGAUAUGAUCUUCCGCUGCUCGUGGCUGCAGUUUCAUUGUAUGCCUUUAACGACCUUAAUCACAAAACUUGCAUUUUUCUUUCUUUCUCAGGAAUUUCUUGUCUUUGCUUGAUUUACAACAUCCUUCUCAA